AUGGGGAGGCUUCACCUGACUUACCCGGCCAACAUCGCCAAGGUGACCUCGCAGAAGCGUCGGUUCAACCUCCACGGCCUGGGCCUGCAUCACCUUCCGUUCCUGAUCCUGUACGUCUUCGCGCUGAAAGCGUGCGUCGAGACGUCGGGAAAUCCCUACGCCGUGGCUCUCGCGCAUCACAAGGAGAAAGGAUACGAUCCCGCCGCGUUCGACGCGAAAACCGCCGCGAGCGCCCAGCGCGGCAAGACCGUCGUGGAUGACUGGGGAGGCGGUGACGCCGAGGACGAUCCCUGGGGCGACCUCGAGGCGGACGAGGAGCAUCUCGCGCCCGACGCCCCCGACGCAGCCGCCGCGGUCGAGGCCUCGUCGACCGCCCCCGACGCCGACGCCGCGCAGGCCCCGGCGCCCGCGAACCUGACCGCGCUCGAGGAACAAAUCAAGUACGAGACCCCGCCCGCGCUCCCGGCGUCCUGGCUCCCGGAGUUCUGGGCCGUCAUCUACUUCUCCGUCGUCGCGGUCACGCACGUCCUCCUCAUGUUUGGCCAACACUGGAGCGUUCGGUUCAGGGCGUUUGUGAACUACGUCGAGGCCGACGAGGUCAAGCCCGGGAACGUCCUGAUGUUCUGCCCGAUGCCCCACCAGGGCAAAGCCGAGAUUGUGGACGUCAACGAGCUCGAGAUCUCCGAUCCCAAGGCUCCCGGCGGCCGGCGCACGAUGCUCUGGACGGUUUUCCAGCGGCAGCGGUUCGAAUACGUCACCACCGAGGUGGGCGGCGACGGGAAGGUUCGUGGCGAGGUGAGGGAGGUGCAGACGCCGGUGGCGGAGCCCCUCGCGAGCUACCUGCAGCCCACGCGCGGGAUGAGCGCCGGUGGGGUGGCGGCGUCGACGUCCCGCUUCGGCGAUAACUCGCUUCGCGUGCCGCUCCCCACGUUUCUCAAGUGCUACAAGGAGCAGCUCAUGUCGCCGGUUUGCGUGUUCCAGGUGUUCACCACCCUGCUCUGGCUCCUCGACGAGUACUGGAAGUACGCCCUGUUCUCCGCGGCAAACUUGCUCAUGUUCGAGGCCGCCACCGCCUUCUCGCGCAUCAAGAACAUUCGCACCCUGCGGGGCAUGGGGGCCACGCCAACGCGCAUCGUGGCGUUCCGCGACGGCCGCUGGGAAGUCAGGUCCAGCGAGGAGCUCGUGCCCGGGGAUAUCAUCUCCGUCGCGAGGCCCCCAGGGGCGGGGGACACGCCCAUCCCGUGCGAUUGCCUCGUGCUGAGGGGCUCCGCGGUGGUCAACGAGGCGAGCCUCACGGGCGAGUCCGUGCCGCAGAUGAAGGACUCGCUGUCGGGGGAGACGGUGGCUGGCGACCCGGCCGCGCCGCUGGACAUAAACGGCGAGCACAAGGUCAACGUGCUCUACUCCGGCACGAUGCUGAUGCAGCAGAGCCAGGGCGAAUCCGAGCAGGCGCACGGUCUCCCGGCGACCCCCGACGGCGGGUGCCUGUGCUACGUGCUCCAGACUGGAUUUUCGUCCACGCAGGGCAAGUUGAUGCGCAUGAUGGAGUUUAGCAGCGAACAGGUCACCGGGGAUACCUGGGAGACGUUGGUGUUGCUCUUCAUCCUGUUCGUCUUCGCCUGUGUCGCGUCCGGUAACGUGUUCGUCAUGGGCAUGAAGGACGGCAAGCGGUCGCAGUACGAGCUCGUGCUUCGGUGCAUCCUCAUCCUCACCAGCGUCGUCCCGCCCGAGCUGCCGAUGCAGACGGCGAUGGCGGUCAACACGGCUCUCAUCGCGCUCAUGCGAGCGUCCGUCUUUUGCACCGAGCCCUUCAGGGUUCCCAUCUCCGGCAAGGUGGACACCACCCUGUUCGACAAGACCGGUACCCUCACCUCCGACAAGCUCGUGGCCAUGGGCAUCGUGACGCCCAAGGAUGACGGCUCGUUCACCGAGCUGACGCCGUGCCCCGAGGCGACCAAGUCCGCGUCGCUGGUCGUCGCCGGCUGCCACUCGCUCGUGCAGGUGGACGGAAAAACCUUCGGAGAUCCGCUGGAGCAGGCGGCGCUCAUGGGCGUCAAGUGGAGGUUCGACCCGCGGUCGCAGACGGCGCUUCCCACCGAGAACUUUCCCGAUCCCGCGCGGGACAAGGCGCUGGCCGAGGCGAGAGCCAAACGAGCCGAGAUGGUUGCGAAACUUCCCCGCGACCGAGCGCACACCGUUCCGCCGGUGCCCGAGCCCAAGCCACCGAAGCGCACGUGGAAGGGGUCGCCCUCGGUGAAGAUUUUGGUCCGCAACCACUUCAGCAGCGCGCUGCAGCGCAUGUCCACAGUCGCCGCCGCCGCGCAAACCUCGGGCGAGAGAGCCGCGAACUGGGUCCUCGUGAAGGGCUCGCCGGAGAUGGUCGCGACGCUGCUGGUGGAGAAGCCCAAAGGGUACGACGCCGCCUACCGCAGGCUCGCCGAGGAAGGCAUGCGCAUCAUCGCGCUCGCCCACCGCGUCCUCACCGACGCCGAGAGCGCGAGGCUCCGGGACCAAAAGGCACCCUUGACCCGCGACGAGAUGGAGAGGGGCUUGACCUUUGACGGGUUUCUCGCCUUCGCGUGCCCGGUUCGCAACGACACCCCGGAUGUUGUCAAGGCGCUCAGGGCGAGCAGCCACACCGUGAUGAUGGCCACCGGGGACAGCGCUCUCACCGCGCUGCACGUCGCCAACGAGGUUCACAUCGCCGAGGGCGGUUUGGAGCGCGCGAUGAUGCUGGUGAAGGACGAGGACGACGGUCUGGAGUGGGUGAGCGCCAAGACUGACGAGGACACCGGCGAACCCGUGCACAGGCAGCCGUACAGGGCCGACGGAUCCAUCCCGGACCUCGCGAAGAAGUACUCGCUGUGCGUCACCGGGUCCAGCCUCAACGCGGCGGCGGCGAUCGACGGCGUGAGUCUCGGCAAGGAGAGCCUCAUGAAGGACAACAAGCGCACGGGUCGCGGCGGCGGCCACGGAGGCCUCUGGGAUUACCUCGACUCGGUCGUCAUCUUCGCGAGGAUGUCCCCGGACGACAAGGAGCGCGUUUUGAAGCGGCUCAAGCAACAGGGUAGGCACACGUUCAUGUGCGGAGACGGCGCUAACGACGUCGGCGCGCUCAAGCAGGCGCACGUUGGGGUGGCGCUGCUCAGCGGCUUUGGCGGCGCAAACACGAAGAAGGUGACCCCCGUCGGCGAGGAGGACAAAAAAGGCGCCAAGGAUGACAAGGCCGUGGCCGUGCCCACGGAGGCCCAGGCGGAGACGUUCGCGCAGAAGAUGGAGCGCAUCAAGGAGCAGGCCGCCAAGGUGAAAGAGGCGCGCGCCCGGGAGGCUGCAGCCCGGAAGCAGGACCAGAAGGAACUCGUCGCGCUCCAGAAGGUUUGGUUCGAGGAGGAGCUCGCGGCGCGAACCGCCGCCGGCGAGCAGUGGGCCCAGUUCAGCGCCAUGAAGGCUGCCACCUCGCGCAUGAUCACCGAGACCAAGGCUAGGCAGGCGGCGCGCGCGAGGGCCAACGGCGGCGUGGGAGCCGCGCCCGGGUGGUCUCAGAUGAUGCAGGAGAUGGAGGGCCUCGAGGACCAGGAGACGCCGCAGGUUAAACUCGGCGACGCCUCCAUGGCGGCGCCGUUUACCUCCCGCAUCCCAUCCGUUCGCAGCGCGGUCGACAUCAUCCGGCAGGGUCGGUGCACGCUCGUGUCGGCGAUCCAGAUGCAGCAGGUUCUCGUGCUCUCCUGCCUGAUCAGCGCCUACUCCCUCUCCGUGCUCUACCUCGACGGCAUCCGCAGUAGCGAUAACCAGAUGAUCGCGUCCGGCUCUGCGCUCACCGCGGCUUCUCUGGCGUUCUCCUACGCGACGCCGGUGCACACGCUGUCGCACGUCAGACCGCUGCGAUCCAUCUUCCACCCCGCCAACUUCCUCUCUCUGACUGGCCAGCUGGUCAUCCACCUCGGGUGCAUGGUCUACGCCGUUCGUCUCGUGAAGGCGGCCACCGGCGAGGAGGCUGAGUUCCCGGAGAACAUCCCAGUCGCGAUUAUCCCCGAGGAGCUAAAGGCUAACGCCACCGAGGAGCAGCGAUCGUUCUGGGAGCAGGGCCCGCCGUUCAAGCCGUCGCUGCUCAACACCGUGGUGUUUUUGGUGGAGACUGUUCAGAGGGUGUGCGUCAUGCUGGUCAACUACAAGGGCCGCCCGUUCAUGAUGGGCGCGAUCGAGAACAAGACGUUUCUUCUGUCGAUUGCCUCGAUGGUCAUCGGUGCGUUUGUGUGCGCGUUCGAGGUCAUACCGUGGCUCAACAACUGGCUGCAACUGGUGACGAUGCCGGACACCGCGUUCAGGACCACGAUCCUAUCCAUUCUGGCGGUCUCCGUCGUGGGAACCGUCGCCUGGGACCAGCUCAUGCUGCUCAUCUUUGCGCCCGAUAUCUUGUUCACGGCGUACAGGGACACGAUCCGGGCGUUGCCCACCCCCGCGGACAUGGUGAAACAGUCGAAGAAGCCGCUGUUCGGUGCGUUGAUGGCGUACCUCUAUUUCUUCAACCCAGCGACCGCGGGUAACGGGAUCUUACUCGUCGGCGGCUUCUACGCGAUGAGGCAUCCGUUUUUCCGCAACUGA